CAGUUUAUGUGUGUUCCGUGAACGUUGGACUACUACACCAUGCAGAUACUACUUCUGUUCCUCUUCACCAUUGGCUACUGCCAGGCCAACUUUGCGGACCCUGGCGUCUUCUCGGAGGACGACGAGGACCACUUCUUGGGGGUGGAUCAGGAGGACGGCCACGAGGACGACGAGCCCCCUCUGCCCCCCAGGGCGCUGCCCAUCCAGAACGAGGUCUCUCCCAACUCGGAGUGUGCAUCGUGUGGUCGCUGGCGGGAGUGCCAACUGGAUGACGGGGGCGUGGCCACCUGUGUCUGCCACGCCCACUGCAAGAGGCGACGGAAGCCCGUGUGCGGAACGGACGGACGCCUAUACGCCAACCACUGCGAGCUGCACCGGGAAGCCUGUCUCAAGGACACGCCCAUCGCCAUUGACCACAGACGGCUCUGCCUCAGGACGGGCAAAGAAACCACGACAGACGAGCCGGAAGCUUCCGAGGGCGGCGCCUCGACCGAGCCCGUGGCAGCAACGACGGUGGCGCCCCCUCCCUCGACCACCGACUCAGGGGCAGACGAUCCGUCCACGCAGACCCCCACCCCCACCCUCCCCGCCGACGAAGAGGCCUCGUCCCCAGGAUCGCCGCAGAGGGAAUGCACCCAGCAGGACUACGAAGGGAUGAAGGAGAACCUGCUGCUCUUCAACAACGCCAAGCUCACGGAUUCCAAAAAGCCCGGGCCCGAGUACCUGGCGAGCGUGAUGUUCUCGCACUACGACCGCAGCGGCAACGGGCGCCUCGAGGCCGAGGAGCUGUGGCAGGCUGCGGAGAAGGACCACCUGGCCGGUCUCUCGUCUGCCUGCAUCCUCGCCGACAUGCUGCUCUUCGACGACACCGACAGGGACGGGAGCCUGUCCCUCUCCGAGUUCUAUCUGGCCUUCAGCGUGUCCGUCGUGUCCCUGGACAAGACGCUGGAGGUGAACCACGUGACUGCCCGCGUGGGCGACAACGUGGAGAUCAAGUGUGACGUCACGGGCACCCCUCCUCCCCCCAUCGUGUGGCGACGGAACGACAUGGACCUGGCCGCUCUCAACGAGGACGAGAUCAAGGUGUUCGUGGACGGCUCCCUCUACCUGACGAACGUGCAGCUCAUCCACGGCGGGAACUACACCUGCCACGCCCAGCACAACCGGGACGUCGUGCAGACGCACGUGCUGCACGUCCACACCAUUCCCGAGGUGCACGUGAUCCCCAAGCUGCAGUCCCGCGCCCCGGGCGAGCUGGCCGAGAUGGAGUGUCACGUGAUAGGGGUCCCCACGCCCUCGGUCACGUGGCUCAAGAACGACGAGGAGCUCAAGCUCAUGUCCGACAAGUACACCAUCGUCGGCAAUGGCACCGCCCUACUGGUGGGAAAGAUUACGUACAGCGACACGGGUGCCUACAUGUGUGUGGCGAGCAAUUUGGCGGGAACCACCAGGGAUAUCACCUCCCUCAUCGUGCAGGACCAGCCCACGCCCACGGCGCCGUCCGAGGAGAGGCGCUUCUUCGUGUUCCACGACUGGGGCGUGUCCGUGUUCGACCCGGACAACUGCCGACUCUACCACCAGAUCCAGAGCACCGACGUGAUCCCGGGGACGCAGGAGUACGUGUGUGGUGACCGGGGCACGAACUGCUCGUGGGGCCGCGCCGUCGACGUCAGAGACAGAUACGUCUACGUCAGCCAGCCCACCAAGGACCGCCUCCUCGUCAUCUCGAGGGUGCAGAUGGUGGUCGUUGACGUGGUGGUGACGGACAAGGUCCCCGUGGCUCUGCACUACGUGCCGCACCUCGACCAGGUGUGGGUGGUGUGCUGGCGCGGCAGGAAGGACCGCGGCACCAAGACCAUCCAGAUCAUCCGGGACGCCGGACAGAAGAAGAAGCACCACACGGUGCAUCCGGAGCCGGUGGACGGACACUUUGACCUGGUGAGCGGGCUGUUCAUACCGCCGACGCAGGAUCUGGGGCACGGCUGGAAGUACGGGUACGUGGUGCACACCAACCAGCGAGGGAUGUACAAACUCGACCUGCAAGCCAUGAAGUACAUCAAGACGGUCGACCUCACGCCCUACAACUGCGCCCCUGCCAGCGCCGACUUCGCCACGCUGGGUGGCUACGCGAUCCUGGAGUGCCGUGAGCCAAUCACGGACCGGCCCACGGGCCAGGUGGUGCUGGACUACCUGACGGACACGGUGAUCGCCCACAAGAGCGCCCUCUACGGCAGACCGCACGUCUCGCCCGACUCCAGACACGUGGUGACGCUCGAGAGGGGAGACAACAGCGUCGUCAUCGUCGCACAGCAGAUCACGGAGAACGGGCUCCGCUUCCUGUUCGACGUGAAGACGACCCUCCAGAUCGGCGACCUGGCCUUCUUCCCGUCCCGCACCACCCACAGCUACGACCUGUACGCCUCGUCUGCGUCCCGCGAAGACCUCCUCUUCGUGGACCUGGCGGACGGGCGCGUGGAGAUGAUCACGGGCGUGGGGCGGCCCAUGGCGGGGGGCGUGGCAGAGUGGGGCAACCCCAGGCGCCCCCUCUCGGCCGCGGGCGUCUUCGGCACCUACAUGGUGACGACGGCCGACGAGGCCGUCUUCGUCGUCAACGGGAAGACGCGGACCGUCAACUGUGAGAUCGGCUCCACCGUCCACCCGAGGAUCCUCGUCUGGGCCAAGGCGCCCUGA